GAGCUUGAUCUAGUUUUUAUGACAACCAAAACAAUGGCAGUUCAUAGAGAUCAGCAUCACCAAUCGGAAGGUAUUCUUGAGAAUGUUUGGGCAAGCUUUAUUAGUGGAGAAGUAGUGAAUGAAGAUAUUAUAAGCAAUAACACAUCAGAAAUGUUCUCCAAAACGCGGGAGGAAUUGCCUCCCCUUGAUGGUGGAGAUGGAUCAGCGGCGAUGUUACGACGGUUACCGAGCCUUGGGAGGUGGAUAUCGAUGGGAGCUGAGACUUGGGAAGAGCUUCUUGACAGUAUAAUUCUUCCUAAUCAAAGCAAUGUGGGGCAUGAUGAGCAGUCUUGCAAAGGCAAUUCAGCCGAUCAAGGCAAGGAAGCAGACCCCGAGAGAGCAAAGAAGGUGGUGACAAAGCACUACCGGGGGGUGAGGAGGCGGCCGUGGGGUAAGUACGCAGCAGAAAUACGAGACUCGUCGAGGAAUGGGGCUCGAGUUUGGCUCGGGACAUUUGACACGGCAGAGGAAGCAGCCUUGGCUUAUGACAAGGCCGCCUUGAGAAUCAGGGGCCCCAAGGCUUACCUAAACUUCCCUCUUGAGACGGUUGCUAAGGCUGUGGGACAAGAUGGCUCGGGAUUCAAUUCGAAUUGUUCAUCGACAGCCACUUACGGAAAUCGUGACUUGAUUGCUUCUAAUCCAAGAAAAAGAGGUUCAAGAGAGUGGGAAGAAAAUGGCAUGGUAAUGACUGAACAGCCUGCAGUGAGAAGAAAGGCAAGUGUGGAAAACAUGUUUGAGAACAAUUAUGUUGAUGUUUUUGAGUUUGAGGAUUUGGGGAGUGACUUCUUGGAUAGUUUGUUGUCUACCUUAUGAUUGAUUAUAUCUGUGAAAAUUGUGACUUGCCCUGCAAAAAGCAUGAAGAGA